AGCUGAUCGAGGUUCAGGUUAGUCAUGAGUUAGUGAUGAGUUACUGGCGGGGAAGGGUCAACACGCUGAUCGUGGGUCGGUAAGACUUCACUCCUCCCCCAGACCUCUCCGACUGUCUGGCUUUCCCUUCCACCCAACUUCAGAAACACCAAUCGGCCGUCCGUUCCCACGCCUCCACGAACAAGUAACAAGAAACUUCUUGAAUCAGCAAAGAUUUUAAUAUGCGGAAACGACCAAUUUAAAUACCAUUAAUGGAUGGCGUGCACUGCAAAAAUAGGAUUAAGGCUCGUAACGAGUAAAUAGCUUCGAUCCCCGGUCCGCUCCGGACUCACUGAGGGCAGAAACUUUUUCGUGUUGGAUCGUUACGGUCUUCGGAUCGCUCCGUCGUUCAUUGUUUUCCGUUCUGUUUAAACACAUCACAGUUCAUCGUUGCACAGUUGCACUCUGAUCGUUGUGUUUUCUCGACUGGGAUCUGUAUUAUUUGAUUUUUUUCUCGCAUCGGGGCUUGUGAUUCGUAGUUUUGUUUUUCCCUCGGAUCACAACGAGUGGAUCAGAACUAGCGGACUGUCGCCGACCUCAGGAAUUCGCAGCAACAAAAUGAGCCCCUCUCCGAUGCUAGCUAGCUAGCUGGCUCGCAGCUUCCCUCCAUGCUACUGUCUUAUAACUCUGUAUACGCUCAUUUAGCCCGCGGAUCGAUCGUGCGUUUGAGUCCUCCUACGGACAAGCUAAACAUUUGUAACUUUAUAUCAAAGUGUCGCUGGAUGUGUUGACGUGCGGCAGCCCGGGACACCGCGGAUAGCCAGGAAGCUAGCCCUUUUUUUUAGCUCUUCUUGUGGAAGACAACAUGCCGCAGUUAAAUGGUGGAGGGGGGGACGACCUGGGAGCCAACGAUGAACUCAUCUCGUUCAAAGACGAGGGCGACCAGGAGGAGAAGAUCUCCGAGAAUGUGUCCGCCGAGCGGGAUCUGGACGACGUCAAGUCAUCGUUGGUGAACGAAUCGGAGAACAACAGCAGCUCGUCCGACUCCGAGGCGGAUAGACGUCCUCAACCCAGACCUCAUCUGGAUAAUUACGCCAGGCAUAGAGAGCUCUUCGUGGAAGCCUUGAGGAGACAGCAGGAUGCGGGACUCUUCAAACCAUCCCCGUACGCGGGCUAUCCCUUCCUCAUGAUCCCGGACCUUUCGAACCUGGGCAACCCAUACCUGGCGUCCCAAGCUGCGAGAACGUACCUACCGAUGCAAUGGCCCCUUCUGGAUGUCCCGGGAUCAACGGGCAUGAAGGACCCUCGCUCCUCCACCUCGAGCCCCCUGUCCAACAAGGUGCCAGUGGUGCAGCACCCCCACAUGUCGCACCUGUCCCCCCUGCUGUCCUACAGCCCCGACUCCUUCCCUCCCCAGACUCCGCCCCCGUUCUCUCCUGAUGCCGGUAUGUCCCGGGCACCUCAUCCUGCGGAGCUGUCCCCGUAUUACCCCCUCUCUCCUGGGGGAAUGGCCCAGAUGGCCCACCCCCUCGGCUGGCUCCCUGGCCAGUCCAUCUACCCCCUCACCGCAGGGGGCUUCAGAUCCCCCUACCCCGCCGCUCUGGCCAUGAACGCCUCCAUGUCAGGCCUGGUGUCGGGGGGCUUCCCGUCCCACCUCAUGCCCCCCUCCCAGACGUCGGUGCCCCACCCGGCCAUCGUGUCCCCCGCUGUGAAGCAGGAGCCCCGAGAAACAGGCCACCACCAUGGUAAGGUGUCGUCCCCAGUGGAGAAGGUCAAGGACGACCGGCCCCACAUCAAGAAGCCGCUGAACGCCUUCAUGCUGUACAUGAAGGAGCAGCGGGCCAAAGUGGUGUCGGAGUGCACCCUCAAGGAGAGCGCCGCCAUCAACCAGAUACUGGGCCGCAGGUGGCACUCUUUGUCCCGAGAAGAGCAGGCCAAGUACUACGACCUGGCUCGUAAGGAAAGACAGCUGCACUCCCAGCUCUACCCCGGCUGGUCGGCCCGGGACAACUAUGGUAAGCGGAAGAAGAGGAAGCGGGACAACGGGAAGUGUGACUCUGCAGAAGGUGAGAUCUAUACAUGUACAGAUUUACAUUUCAUGUUCACACGAUGGACUUGUCAGGUGACAGACAAGCUGAAAUCUGGGCGUUUCGCUUCGCAUUUGCUUCAACCAAUCAUGUGGCGGGAGACGGGGAUCUGCAAGAGCGUGAUUGGCUAUUUAGCUAGGGCGGGCAUACACCAGGACGAGUCAGCUUAAAUGGAGCUUAAAAGUCCCGUCAAGACACCAACGCACUUAGAGAAUUUGUCUGUCAAGGUUUCAAAUCCACACCGCGCAGACUGCCCACUGUUGAAUUACACAUUCAAUCCCCCUCCGAAAGCUGCAUCCACUCGAGCUAAAUAGCUUCCCUGCGGAAGAAUAACUUAACAAAAGAGGACGCGAGGUGCAAGUCUGCCCGUUUUAGGCCCCGUCCACACAAAGCCGAUUUCAUGGCAAAACCGCAAAGGUCUUGUACGGUUCGGCCUUCCGUCCACACGAACCCGGCGAAUCCGCUGACCGAAACCGUAAACCGUGACGUCAUCGCCCCACCCCUCGACCCUCUAGCCAAUGACCGUUAAGCUCGCGGAGUCUCACCCUUUAUGCGCAUGCUCGCCUCUUCUUCUUAUGUAUCUUUCUUCUGGAUUUCUGUAGCAGAAGCAGCGCCCCUUAUGGGCAUGGAAUGUGUACUACAGCGUUUCUACAGAUCUACCCGGUUUCGCUUGACUCCGUCUUUACGGAGAUGCUCUGAAACCGGAUAGAUCGAAACCGUAACGGUUUCGCCCGCUUCGGCUUCGUGUGGACGGGGCCUUGCGCCUCGUGCCCACUGCACCGUCAGUCAAAGGACGUCAGAAGGCGUGGCUGACGGAUGGGGGAGGUUUCCAGGGUCGUCAGAGCCCGAGUAGUGUCACAGUGCUUAAAUUUCCAUAUGUGAUCUGAUUGGAUGACGGAUCCGUCGCUGCCUUCAGCGCACGGAUCCACAAUGCAUUGCGCGUCCGUCCCCAUUCAAAGUCAAUGGGGAUCAGUCAACGGACGGAGGCAGUGGGCACGAGGCGUUAGGCUCCACCCAGGCUCUUUGGCGUCUCCGGCGGUCCAACUGUCAGAGGUUAUGAUAGACUGCUGAUGGACCUAUGAUAGUUGGACAGGAUCAGAGGUUACCCUCCAAAUGAGAGACAUCAUUCUAGUCUCAUGAUCGGUUCUGAGCAGAAGAAACGCUCAAAUGAUUAAUUACUACUUAUGAUAAAAGUGUUUUUUUUAUUGAACCUAUUUAAAAGCAUGUCACACCAAGGGUUGAGUCAUACAGUGAACCCUGUGCCUCCAUUAUAGAUACGGGCAGGCGGAAAUAAGCCGUAGGAUGUAUUUACCCCAUUUAUUGCCCGUUUAUUGAACCAAUAGAUAUCGCAUAGGGAAAUUUGCAUCAUAAAACAGAUAUGCCAGACCUGGUUAAUAAAGUAUGACGUAAAGUUAAACGUUGGCUUUGUGUAAGCACACCCACACGCACAAAAGCUAUGCUUAUUAUCUGAUGGAAUGUGAAUAUCUGAUGUUUUUAUCACAUUUUCAG